GGGAAGCAGGCGAGUGAAAGGCUCAUUGAUGCAGCCGGCGGCGGCCUCGGAGCGCGGCGGGGCCAGACUGUGAUCACGUCCCGGCUCCCGGGUCUCCUCCUCCGCCUCUCCUGCUCCGCGCGUCCGGGGCCGCCGCGCGCCAUGCGCCCCCAGGGCCCCGCCGCCGCCUGCCCGCAGAGGCUCCUCGGCCUCCUGCUGCUCCUGCUGCUGCAGCCGCAGGCGCCGUCGAGCGCCUCCGAGACCCCCAAGGGGAAGCAAAAGGCGCUGCUCCGGCAGAGGGAGGUGGUGGACGUGUAUAAUGGAAUGUGCUUACAAGGGCCUGCAGGGGUGCCUGGGCGAGACGGGAGCCCUGGAGCCAAUGGCAUUCCGGGUACCCCUGGGAUCCCCGGUCGGGAUGGAUUCAAAGGAGAAAAGGGGGAAUGCCUGAGGGAAAUCUUUGAGGAGUCCUGGACCCCUAACUACAAGCAGUGUUCAUGGAGUUCGCUGAAUUAUGGCAUAGAUCUUGGAAAAAUUGCGGAGUGUACCUUCACAAAGAUGCGUUCCAACAGUGCCCUAAGAGUUUUGUUCAGUGGCUCACUUCGGUUAAAAUGCAGAAAUGCAUGCUGUCAGCGUUGGUAUUUCACCUUCAAUGGAGCUGAAUGUUCAGGACCUCUUCCUAUUGAAGCCAUAAUUUAUUUGGAUCAAGGAAGCCCUGAAAUGAAUUCGACAAUUAAUAUUCAUCGCACUUCUUCUGUGGAAGGACUCUGUGAAGGAAUUGGUGCCGGACUCGUGGACGUUGCUAUCUGGGUUGGGACUUGCUCAGAUUACCCAAAAGGAGAUGCCUCCACUGGGUGGAACUCAGUGUCUCGCAUCAUUAUUGAAGAACUACCGAAAUAAAUCCUUUCGUUUUUGUUCCCUACCUCUUUUUUUUUUUAUUAUACCUUUGAAUGGUUUUAGUGACAGCUUAUAUAAUUUUUAUGUACAUCUGAUUAAAAAAACCCACACAACUCAAUGUGUUUACAGACCAAAGUGUGAUUUCACACUGUUUUUAGAUCCAGCAGGAUUCAUUUUCCUUCAGUCAAAACUGGUUUGGGGAUUUUGUAGCUGAUUCAGUACUUUCUUCAUAUUCUUAUUCCCUGAACCUAUAAUUUGGAAUGUUAUUGUCUUCAUUUUUUUCCUCUUUUCUUAGGGUAGCACUUUUUAAAAAUAUAAAGGCUACCAGUCUUUGUACAAGUUGUAAAUGUUCAUAAUUGUUUUAUAUCUGUGAAAUAAAACUUCUUUCAAACAACUUUAA